UUUAGUUUCGAUAGGAAGAUAUUUUAUUAUUUGCUUUCAUUUCCCCGUUUACUGAGUGAUCACAUGAUGGCAGUGCAUCCUUAUAAGAGACUGGCUGCAGUGUUUGUGAUUCACAGCUGAGCAUCUGCUAGAUUCCAACAACAACCACCACCAUGAGUAACCUGUCAGAUGAAUUAUUAAAGAACCUUCUGCUUAAACUGGAGUGCCAUUUCACAUGGACUUAUUUCAAAGACGAGACUGAUAUUGGCAAUAUAGAAGACAGGCUUCAUGAUCAAAUCACAUUUUUACCUUCUACACACAGACAUAGGCUCCAUAAUUUAUUGGCCUAUACAAAUUAUUUGAAAGGAGACAAUGAAGAAGCACUUAGACAGCUUCAGAAAGCCGAAGAGAAACUGCAAGGAACACAGUCUGCUGAUCUGGAUAUCAAAAGAGCUGUGACCUACAGUAAUUAUGCCUGGCUGUACUACCAUUUAAACCAGUUUAGCAAAGCUCAGUCUUAUUUAGAAAAAGUAGAAGCCAUUUACAAGAAAUUUGAAUCUUCUUCAGAACAUGAUAUUCUUCUUACUGAGAUAUAUGGAGAACAGGCCUGGGCUCUGUUAACAUUCUAUGGGAAGAACUGUGAAAGAGCUAAAGAGUGUUUUGAGAAAGCGCUAGAGCUAGAUCCACACAAUCCUGAGCUCAAUUCAGGAUAUGCCACAGUCAUGUAUCGCUUAGAAAAUCAAGAUAACAGACUUUACGCAAAAAACAAUUGUGAAUGUUUAGAGUUGCUCAAACGUGCUGUGAAAUUGAAUGAAAAUGAUUCUGUGAUUAAGGCUCUUCUUGCUUUGAAAUAUCUAUCUAUGGAUCAAGCUGAGGAAGGAGAAAAGAUUAUGGAGGAGGCUCUUAGACAAACUCCAGACUCACCAUAUUUACUUCGAUAUGCUGCCAAAUUUUACAGAAAAGAAGGAAAGAUUGAUUACGCUAUUACCAUUCUCAAAAAAGCCCUAGAACAAACUCCGACUUCAUGUUCUCUUCAUCACCAGAUUGGCCUUUGUUACAAAGAUAAGAUGAAAAUGUUAAUUACAUCUGCUAAGACUGCAAAGUCAUUGAAUCAGCCUACAAAGACCUUUACCAGGGAUAUACAAGAUACCAUUGUAUCUGCAAUCUUUCAUUUCGAAAAAACUCUUGAAUUAAAAAAAAUAUUUGUUGAUGCAUAUAUUAAUUUAGCCUAUAUCUACUCUAAAAACUCUCAGUUUGAUGAAGCUGAAGCUACUUAUCAAAAAGCACUAAACCUGAGAGAUAUGACACCUGAAGAUAAACAAGAGCUUCAUUUGAGCUAUGGAAGUUUUAAGCAAUAUUACAUUAGAUCUGAAUCUGAAGCCAUAAGGCAUUACAAGGAAGUAUUAUUGAUACCAAUGGACACAAGGACAAGAUCUUUUUCCAAAACGAAUUUGGAAGAGUUGGCUAAAGUGAAAAUAAGCAAUGAACCAUCAAGUGCAACUGGAUUUGGAUUGUUAGGGUUCAUUCAUCAGCAAGAGGGAGAAAUUGACCAAGCAAUUGAUUACUAUAAGAAGGCACUGGAACUGGAUCCAGAUAAUGAGGAUUAUUUGAGGGCAUUGCAUGACAUGAGAAUCAGUGAGUAACAACUGACAUAUUUGGAAAACCCUUAUAUACUUUUCCCAGAUGAUAUGCAAUAGUUUAAUGUACUAUAAAGAGUUUUGUUUAGAAAGGAAUUACAUUUUUCAGUUGCUUAUAGGUGUCUUUUUUUCUCCAAUGGA